UUGUGAAUAAUAAUUAACUUCCCCCCUCCCCGUUUUGCAUAUGGAAAGUGGCUGUCGCCAGCCCACGGGAUUGCACUUGAAGAGGAGGCUUUGAGGCUGAAGAAUUGGAAAUGGUUCCGUGCGUUUAGAUCCAGACAUAUCUAAAGUUGGGAUUUAGCGGGGAAAAAAGGGAGGAGGGGGAACUCUGAAGAGGAGAAAUCGGUGCGGUUUCACCAGGAUCGGUCCGGAAACCAGUCACCUUUCUGCGGCUCCGGCUUCUUACUGAUUUUAAGCUCCGAGAUCGCAGCAAAACACCUUGAAAAUGGUGGUGUUCAUCAACACAAAGCUUAAAUCUCUCAUGAAACUUUUCAAGAGGAAGACUGUUUCCAACUUAGACGAAGAGAGCAGGUGGACCGUUCAUUACACUGCUCCAUGGCACCAGCAGGAAAAUGUGUUUCUGCCUUCCUCAAGACCACCUUGUGUGGAGGACUUGCACCGGCAAGCAAAGCUGAACCUCAAGUCAGUACUGAGAGAAGGGUGCAGUGCUUUUCUGAGGACCAAUUUCUCACCUUUGUUGUGGGAUGUGCCUGCACUCUGUGGUGCAGAAGACGCGGUGUUAUGUUCGUGCAGCCUUGCGAACAUGGGCAGGCUGGGAGUGUGCAUGGAGAUGGCUGUAGGAACAGCUGUCUAUGGACUGAAAGGGAAAUUGGAAAGUAGAGCUUAACAUCCAUGUUCGGGAAAUUGUUAACACAAGAGUUUUCUUUACGUUGGUUAUUUGACAAAGAGGAUUUUCCGGCUAAGAGCCAGCUCAUAUUGAGUCCCUUUUCAUUUCAGCUGGAACCACAGGUAUUUGAUAGCUUACAGAGUUAACUUGAUUUAAAGGAAUGGUGUAAUUUUGUUUGCUUAACACUACAUUUCUGCUUUUUAAACAUGGAGAAAACUUCAUUCUGUACGUGUGAAUGGGGAAGUGUUUGGCUGCUAUGUUUUAUUUCACUUGCUGUUUCUCCGGUUAAUUAAUUUUUCACCAUCUCUUACUAGUUGCCUUUUGUUAUCAUUUAAUAGGGCAGUCUUGACAGCUGGAGUUAUUAGCUCACGCAUGGCUCAGCAGAUAGCCUGUGUGUCCUCUGUACUUAUUAUUGGAUUAAUGCAUUUGUGCAGUGCUUUAGCCUUGAAACAUUUACUGUUCCCUUACAGAUGUGCGAGUUCU